AUGCUUUCUGUGAGUAACCAGUCCCAUCGAUUUUUGCCCGCCUCGCCCAAAGUGGUCUUCACUCUGCUUUUUGUAGACUUUCCAACUCCCAAGUCUCCAAGGCAGCCACGUAAGUGGCCUCGUAAAAAAGAUGGACCUCCACCCGAUCGUUGGCUUAUGGAUGAUCGUUCCUUUAGCCCUCCACCGAUGGACAAUAUCAACGUAAUCGAUCUCCGAGAGCCGUGGGCUCGUGACCCUCCUUGCCUUCCACACAAGCCGUUUUUGUUCUCAGGCUCUAAAACCAUCAACCGUAAGGUUUUCCGCCACACGGAGAACGGAACUACCACCAUCACCUUAAUGCCAGAUUCGGAACCACCCAUGAGCCCAGGAGAGGUGUCGGACGAAGAUGAAAAUGCAUUCAGAACGCGGCGUUUAUUGUCGUCCAUGAGCAUGGUUGCCGAUUUGGAGGAACAAAACUCCAAUUCUCGCUCGUUGGCCAGUCGUCUUGGAUCAUACGCUCAUCGGAAGCACUUGACGAAAUCAAAUCAAACUCCCAAAAGUGGUACUCGCACUGUGUGGCAGCGUCUGGGAUAACGACUCGUGUCUCCACACUGUUUUGCGCCCUCCUCGCACUCGUCUACCUCCUCACUCUCUGUAUCCGUGUACAUAACAGUGCUCAGUCCCCCAUUUUGUUUUUUUGGCUCGCCGUGUGUGUAUGUGUGCACGGUAACCUUUGUUCUUUUUACCCCUGAGUCUUUCUGUGAAUUUAGUGCUGCUUACCCGG